GCUCGCUGUUUGGUUGCAGUGACUUCUUUGACUCUGGAAUAAAGGCUCCCAGUCUGUUUCCGUUCCUGGCUGGCGCUAGUAAAUCAGCUCACUCAGAAGUGAAGGUUUAUACAGCUCUCGAGAGGGGCGUAUUGUGAGAUCAGAACGAGAGAAAAGCUGGGAUCAGCCUAAGCAGAGUUUAGAGAGAAACUCAGCACGUGAAUAGAAAUGAUUGACUCAGUCAAAAUAAGGAGACAGAGCACCUUGGAUUUUUACUCUCACUAUGAAUUUCUCUGUGCCGUUCAAGGCUCUGUCCCACUAAAAACUGUGAAAGCUAAUGUGAAUCAGGGCAUUCUUGAGCUAAAUGCAGAUCGCCUCAAGGCUCCUGACUGGGCACCACUUCUGAAUGCUAUCAGGCAUAAUAAGACUUUGACUUCUAUUGUAAUAAGAAGCUUUCAUCAACAGGGUCUUGGAGAAUCAGGGGCUGACAGACCUAAAACCUACUUUAGAAGACGAAUUCCAGCAAUUCGAUCAAAAGACAUGACUACUCAAUUAUGUAAAGCCAUCAGAGGUUGUCUGAAUAUGUCAAGUGCUCUAAAAAAUUUGGAACUUGAGGGACUGCUUCUAAGAGAGCGAGAUCUAAUAUUUUUAACAAAGGGGUUGGCCAAGACAUCAUCUUUGGAGAGCUUGUCAUUAGCACAUUGUCCAAUUGAAGAUGGAGGAUUGGAAACAAUCUGUCAAAGUGUGAGAAACUCUGCCAACAUCAAAUCUAUAAAUUUUACAGGAUGUAGUUUGACCUGGCGGGGAGCAGAACACUUGGCCAAUGUCUUAAAGCAUCAGGCGAUGAAAAGACAUGGUGAAGCUUGGGCUGAAAGCCUACGCUAUAGGAGACCUGAUCUUGACUGUAUGGCAGGUUUGAGGCGUAUCACUCUCAACUGCAAUGCACUUGUUGGUGAUCGAGGGGCUAGAGCCUUUGCAGAAUGUCUUGGAGAGGACCUGUGGCUGAAAGCACUUGACAUGCAGCAGUGUGGAAUUUCCAACGAUGGGGCAAAAUCAUUGUUAGAUGCUUUUCAAACUAAUACAACUCUAGUGAUAUUGGAUGUAAGAAAAAAUCCAUUAAUUGAUCACACUUUGAUGAAAAAACUUAUUGAAAGAGUUCUCAUGAAUGGAAACAGUACUUGUUCAGAGUACAAGUGGCUGACAUCUCCUUCUUCAAAGGAUAUUCUCAAACCUAAAUCAAAAAAAAGAACUAUUGUCCUAGGAAGUGGUCGGAAAGGAAAAGCUACUAUUCGUAUUGUGAUUUGGAGACACAGAGGAUUAGCAUCUAAAAAGCCCAUGCACCCUGGAAAGAGUCCAUCUGAUAAAGAUACCUGUUCACCAAAACCAUUACCACCAGGUGCAUAUGGUUUCCUACCUUGGCGUACUGCAGAGCGUGCAAAGAGGUGCAGGGGAUUCCCAGUGGAUGGUACCCAGGAGUUACCACUGAAGUUCCAGCAGACAGGCAUUCCUGUGAAAGUGACAGUGGAAAGUGCUUCUACAUCUGAAACUGAAGAGACAGAAGGCGCUUUCGGGGACAUUAUGCAUGAUCCUGAUUUGACAAAAUCCCCAGUUAAAACUAAUGUAAGACGAUAUCAGCAAUUACGGACAGAGUUGGAAGAAUGUCUAUUAAAAUUAAAGGAAGAAAGAAGGGCAAGAGUAAAGGCCGAUGAACGGAUAAUGGAGCUGGAAGUUGAAAAUGCCCGAUUAAGGAAUCUAAACUUCUCUCUGUCUGAGGUUCUUCAUGCACAGUCAGUAACCAACAUGAUUCUGGAAGAUGAAGGUGUUCUGGGCAGCAUUGAGACCUCUUUCCAAAAGUUUCAUGCUUUUUUAGACCUUCUUAAAGAUGCUGGACUUGGGCAACUUGCUACAAUAGCUGGGAUAGACCAAUCUGAUUUUGGUUUGUUGGGCCAUCCCCAAAUGAAUUCUACUGUCAGCAAACCUGCUAUUAUACAAAAGGAGAAAUCAUAUGAAGAAGAAAGACAAGAACAAACACAGAAUAGCAAAAAUGUUGGUGGAGACAUCAAAGUUUCUCUUCCAGGCCUCAUCCAUUCUCAGGUCCUUGUGAAUACCUGUGCCAUUCCCAGAGAAAUACAAGAAUUUCAGGUCACUGUUAAACAGCAGCAAGGUUUAUUGGGAGAAACCGAAGCUCAAAUGGAUAAUCAAAGAAAGGAAGAGGAAACAUCCAAAAAUAGCAGGCCUUCAUCCUCUGAGAAGAGUGUCAAAUUAAGUGAACAGACAAAAGGUCAUUCUUCGAAGCAAUCAGCUACUAGUCAGUGUUCAUUCUCUGAUUCCAAUGUAAAUCUGAAGAGUAAGGGUAGCAAAACAUUCAGUGCCACUUCUAGUGAAGACAGCCAAAACUGUUCCUCAAAAAAACACAUCUGCAGAACAAAUGAAACUGGAAUUGCAAAUGUUGCAGUCCGAGGAGAUCAAAGUAAACACCAAACAGCAGAUCAUUCUAGAAAUGGCACAGAAGGAUUUGAUUCUGAAAUACAAGAAAGUAUCCAUUCCAUGAAAAGCAUUUGAAAUGAGUCUAAAAAGAAAGUUCAGAUUGUUUUCCACAUGUGUAGAAUAAAAAAUGUCCAUAGGUUUUUUUGUUUGUUUUUGUUUUGUUUUUAGAGAGAGAGAGAGAGAGAAAUGUAUGCUUUGAAAACUUGGUAAAACUUUUCACACUCUUUACUGUUUCUGUUUCAUAUAACCAUAAUCUUUUUUCCAUUACACAGUUUUUAGAGAAACCAAAUGAAACAUCAACAGAAUGGUACCUGUCAAUGUUGUCUGAGUUUAGAAAGGCAGUGAUGUGAUGUAGAGGGGUGUUUGAUUUGCUGUGCAGUACAAAUGAAUAUAGAUUUAUUAAAUAAAGUUUUAAGCAAAUAAAAUGAAUGAGACAGUACUAAUUAUGAUUUGCAUUUUCAGUUGAUCAUAUUUCAAACCAUUGUUUAGUUGUAAUUACAUAUCCAUUGGUGCCUAAGACAAUAUGGUAUAUUCUCCCUUCAUUGUUUAUGCAUAGCUCCCAUUAUUAUUGGGAAAAUCAAGGGUGAGUCUAAACCCCUUGCUAGUUAAUAUUGUUUAUUAAAGUAUGUUCUUGUUUCAUAGUUAUAGACACAAUAGUGGUUUUGUAUAUCUUUGACAGUAACAUGUGAAUUGAAAUUACAGUAAUUUUAUUUAA